AUGUAUGUAAUUAUCGUUACAAUUGCAGCUUCACUUGCAUUAACGUUACUGCACGCCGCACUGGCAAGCUGCGGCGACUUCGACGUCAAGAGGCCGGCGGUCCAACCGGCCGUCUGCGCCUGCGAGUACAACUACGAGCCCGUCUGCGGCGACGACGGCGUCACCUACAUCAACAAAUGCGUGCUCGAAUGCUACAACGCUAACGCCGCUAAGAAGGGCAAGCCACCGGUGGCCGUAUGCGAGGACGGGUCUACGUGCACGGACUGCGUGUGCCAGCCGAUAUAUCUCCCGGUGUGCAGCGUAGACGGGAAGACGUACCCCAACGAGUGCGAGCUGUCGUGCGAGAACUACAGACGCUUGAAGUCGGACAAGCCUCUGGUGUACCUGGCGUACCGCGCCGAGUGCCUCGGCCCCUGCUGCGACUGCUCCACCGUAGCGUCCCCCGUGUGCGGCUGCGACGACGUCCUGUACAGGAACCUGUGCGAGCUGGAGUGCGCCAACAAAAACGCCUUGGCACAAGGGCUGCCGGCGAUAGAGUUCCAGAACGCCGGGGCUUGUUUAGAGGGCUGUCAGUGUCCCGAUGUCAAAGCUCCAGUUUGCGGUACCGACGGCGUCGAGUACGCUAAUUUAUGCCAAAUGGCGUGCCAGAACAGAAAGAAGACGUGCUCCUUGAGUCCGCCCAUCAAACCGGCGCCCAAAGACGUGUGCCUGCCGUGCGUGUGCCCAGCGAAAUACGACCCCGUGUGCGGCAGCGACAGGGAGAACGAGCCGAGGACGUUCCCGAACAUGUGCGAGUUGAACUGCGAAGCGAAACGCACGCGAAACCCGGAGCUGAUGGUCAUAGGUUUCGGCGCGUGCCCGAACUGUUACUGCACGAACGAGUACAUCCCCGUCUGCGGCACCGACUGCAAGACCUACCGGAACGAGUGCGAACUGCGGUGCGCCAACGACUGUCGCUCCAAGCAGGACGACCCCAUCAGCAUGUUCCACUACGGCGCGUGCGUGGUGAUGGACUGCGACUGCCGGGAGUGCUCCAGGGAGUACCAGCCCGUGUGCGGCUCCGACGGCGUCACGUACUGGAACCUCGAGUGGCUGAACUGCAACAGCGGCUGCAGCAAGAAAAACUACGGCAAACCAAUAAUGAUGGUGUCCAAAGGCGCGUGCAGAGUCUGAGUCAACAAUUACCUAAUGAAAAAAUUUGAUUUGUUCAUCUUGGACUAAAAUCUGACUCAACACUUUGUCGGAAUAUUAAAAGCUUAUCUUUAUUUUGUAUACUAUAUCAUUAAAAACUAUACUAAGUACCUACGAUGGACAUUUUAAUAACAAAGUCAAUAUAUAUUAUGCAAACGCAUGAACUAAAUGUUGCACAGGUCCUUUUCGCAACCGAUUUUAUUCUAACUUUUAACUACGAGUACAUCAUGACGUAACUACGUUCGAUAACAUCUUUUUUUUUAUUCUUUAUACACCUGGAGGAGUAUGAUAAUCCACACCCCUUUCGGUUUCUAAACGACCGGAACACUAAAUCGCUUGGCGGUAUAUCGAAGCCUCCCACCAGCCAAACCUGGACCAAUUAAGAUAACUUCAAUCGGUCCAACCGAAGAUUGAUUCCAGGACCUCCGUGUAAAUCCACUGCGCAUACUGUAUAGAACGAGAUGGUCAAAUAAAAUCCGGUAUCUUGAACUUAACUUUAUUGGUGGUAAUUACAUAUAAGCACAGAAUAUAUAAGUAACAAACAGAGACGCGUCUAACGGUGCCCACUUAAUAGGCCAGAAUAAUACUAUCAAUUUAUGACUUGCAAAA